UUAAAACCCCCGUGACGUCCAUUUCGUUCGAGAAAGAGUUUUUAUCAGUAGUUUAGCGAAUAUUUUCGCGUGAUAAUCGCAAAUUUUUACGUUACCCCGUACUUGCAUGAUCUAAUAGUGAUGGUGACGUUGUGGGUGUAACACGUCCGUUGGGGAAUCUUUGAAAAAAAUAAAGUGGUGACCGUUAGGGUUGUGACAAUUUCAUCGCGCCAUAAGGUUAACGGAAGGAAUUUGUUUAAUUUCGUAUGAUAAUAAAUCAGUUGUUCAAAAACAUCUGUCAUUUACCCUGUGUCUAAUUUUAAAACUGUAAAUUUGUGGAGAGAAAUGGCCGUAAAACACAAAGUCGUGGAGUGUAGGAAUGAUUAUAGGCAGAAUCAUUUGUACGUUAUUUUAAGAGCCCUUCAAAACAUUAGUUCCGACAAUGGUUUAACUCAGACAGACAUUGCUAAGCAAUGCGAGCAAAUUGUCUUAAAUUUGGGCGUUGUGGCUAUGCCCACUGCAGCAGAGGAUCACAAAAAAUUUAUGCAAGACAUAAGAAACGUUCAGGAAUAUCUUGAAAAAGCAUGUUCAAACGAAGAAGUUAUAUCUGUUACAUUACAAGCUUUAUACAAUGGAAUUUCCGAUCCAGAAAAACAACCAUCACCUGCAAUGUCUGUUGUUCUACAAUUAAUUGACGUUAAAUCAAUUCCAUCAGCUGUAAAAAGAAUUUUACAUAAUGGGUAUUCAGAUCAAAGCUUAGAAAGGGCGUUGUUAACUCUAUGCGAUUGGUUAUCAAAAUGGAUAUACACACCUAAUCUGGGUCCUUUGGUGUUGUGUUUUAUGCAAGGUUUAGAAACAGAACAACAUUAUGAUAUUUUAAUAGAAGUCACAAGAUCUUAUGUUGAGAAAUUUUUUAAAUUAUGCGUUUUGGCUACAUCCCGAAGAAGUGUUGGACCUGUUGUUAUUUAUAUUUUGGAAAAAAUGCAGCACAGUCCUGAAGCUUUUCAUAAAAUUAUCCCGCACACAGAAAAAGUUUUGUAUUCUUUAGCAAAAGAACACUCGGAUACUAGUCAAUUAUACUUAAAAAAAUUCGUCGAUCUGUUUAUGGCUUUAAUGGAUCACUUUCCUGAUUAUCCCGAUUUAUACGACUCAUUAAAACGAACUUUGGAACUAUACGAACCCACGAAAAACUACAAAGAAAAAUUAAACUGCAAAUCUUGGCUCAGUACCAACAAUGCAAUGUUAACUCUCGUCCCGUUGAGCGGAAAAGUCGGUCUAAAUAAUUUGGGCAACACAUGUUACAUGAACAGCAUUUUACAAGCGCUUUUCAUGACGAAAUUAUUCAGAAACAGCGUUUUAUUAAGCUCCAGAGACGCCACGCCCUUAUUCUCAAAGUUGCAGUCUCUUUUUGCACUAUUACAAUUUUCAGAACGAUGUUCGUUAUCUCCAAAUGAUCUAUUGAAUUUAGCUCGGCCCCCGGGAUUUCAACAAGGACAUCAACAUGAUAGUUCGGAAUUUUUGGGUUACCUUUUGGACGCUUUACAUGAACAGGAGAAAUCAACAUACAGUAAUACCGCCCAAGGUGAUAAUAUACAACCAGGUUCAUCAGAUUUCCAACCAUCAGAAAACACAGUAGUUCAACGUUCGUUUGGUGGACGAGCUGUAACACAUUCUCAUUGCGUUGUUUGUGGUUCGCACAGUGAGCGAGCAGAUUCCUUCCGCGAGCUUCAACUUUCGAUACCGACGAAUUGUUCGAAUCACUCCGUACAAACCCUCGUCGACUUCUACCUGCAACCGGAACAGCUUUGCGGGGACAAUCAGUACCACUGUGAUAACUGUGAGCGUCUUACUGACGGUGAACGAAUCAGUAAGAUCGUGCAGUUCCCUGCCCAAUUGAUACUCACCCUGAAACACUUCCGUUACGACCCGGCUUCACAGCAACGGACUAAACUCUUGUUAAGGGUCGAUUUGGAUGCGUUUAUUGUGUUAGAGAAUGUGCGAUAUACGCUUUACGGAGCCGUUAUUCAUUGCGGGUCGAGCGUAGAUUCAGGACAUUACUAUACUUACGCGAGGGAUGAAGCCGAAUGGUUUAAAUUUAAUGACUGCGCGGUGUUUAAAAUCGAACCGGAAGAAUUGUGUAAAUUACACCCACCAGAAACGCCCUACAUGUUAUUUUAUAGUAGGGUUGAUACAGUUAUACCUGAGCCUAUAUUGAAAUCACAGUUGUCACAGCGCCUUCAACGUGUCUUACUCAGGGAUAAUGUAGAAUUGGAGGCUGAAAGGAAGAGGAGACAAACGUUGGUGAAUUCACCUUUACGACCGCCAGGUGGAGGAAACGGAGAUCCUCCGCCUCCAGGAUGUGGAGAUGGUGGUUUUCUAGAUAGUACACACAAUAGGUUCGUUUGCUAAUGUGUACAAAUUGUAUACGGACUUGGGUUAAUAUAUCGUUUGUACAUUUCAAGACGCCAGUCGUUUAUAUUUCAUUUUGUAUAAUAAUUAUCGGUGGAUUCUUUCUGACUUGUUUUUUUUUUUUUUUUUUUUUGUUUUUACUUGUUAGUAAAAAAAUUAUUGUUGUGGUCAAAGAAGACGUUUUUGUCUGGAAAACUCGAUAUGUUUUGCGUUCAAGUUUCUUCCACCGUCAUCACUAGUAUCGUUGUUAAUUACGUUUAUUAAUUUUGUUUGUCUUUAACCCUUUUUACAUGGCAGAUUUAUAAAUAAUAAUAUUUACUUUUUAGGAUCUUUAAUUACUGCCGAUUAAGGGGGUUAAAUAAUUGAAAAAAUUUAAGAAUAAAUUAAUUAAAACUCACAUGUACGAACAUUAUACUAAUGUAAAUAAUUAUUUAUGUGGAGUAUCAGAAUUAAAUUAUUUGCAACAGUU